AUGACCACAUCAUUUCUAGAAGAACAAAAAGAUGCAUCGCAUUCCCCCAAAACUCCAUCACCUAGACAGGGUGAUGAUUCGGGUAUAGGUCCUACACACACCCCGAAGGAUGAAUAUAUGUACAUUGCCGACAGCUACCACUUGAUUCGCCGGGCCAUCUUCAUCAUGGCGGUCUGUUCGUCCAUGUUUACCAAUCAGUUGGGCCUUUGCAACAGCCUCACAACGCUCGAAAUAAUCGGAGAGUCCUUUGGUGUCACCGAUCCUGGCAAACUAUCGUGGGCAAUCUCUGGCUACGGCUUGACUCUGGGUACAUUUGUCUUGAUCGGAGGACGCCUGGGUGAUGAGCUUGGUAAUAAGGCAAUCUUCAUCAUCGGCAUGAGCUGGCUUUCUCUGACCAGCAUGAUGGCAGGGGUCUCUGUCUACUCCAGCUAUCACGUGUACAUCCUUGCUCGUGUUCUGCAGGGUCUCGGUCCCGCCUUAACUGUACCCAAUGCACUCGCCAUCAUGGGAAAAUGCUUCUCUCAGGGUCCUCGGAACAUGGGAUUUGCAUGGUUUGCUGCAUCAGCCCCCGUUGGCGCAAUGGCAGGUCUUGUCUUUGGGCCCCUUUUUGCCAUGGCCUGGUGGCCAUGGAUCUACUGGAGCCAGGCUUUGGGGGUCGCAUUUCUCUCUACUCUCUCAGUCGUUGCAAUUCCAAACAUGUCAACUGAUGGGGAGGAAAAGCAGCGACGAACGAUUCGAGAAAUGUUGGAUCGUCUCGAUCUCUUCGGAGGUGCAAGUGGUGUGACAGCUCUGGUUUUAUUCAACUUUGCCUGGAAUCAGAGCUUGGUCACUACAUGGGAAGAGCCCUACGUCUAUAUAUGCCUGAUACUUAGUUUCCUGUUCCUGGCGGCAUUCUUUUACAUCGAGCUUCGUCUAGCUCGCUAUCCCAUUCUACCUGUUGCCAUUUUAACUUCUGAUAUCGCCUUUGUUGUUGGCUGUACAGCAGCGGGAUGGUCCACAUUUGGAAUCUGGCUUUUCUACGUCGUCCGAAUUUGCUUGAAUAUCGGGGGUCAAAGCCCCAUUCAACUGGCAGCAUGGCUUUCUCCUAUUCUCAUAACCGGCAUAUCGACGGCAUUGGUAGUUGGGAAAGUGAUCAACAGGGUUCCAGCCUCGUUCAUCAUGCUGUUUGCAAUGAUCUGCUAUUUCCUCACUUCUCUUCUCAUGGCCUUGCGACCCGUGCAUUCAACGUACUGGACGUAUUUCUUUAUCGCCACUAUCAUCGCGACAUUUGCAAUGGACUCAUCGUUACCUGCUGCCACGAUCAUCUUCUCGAACGCAGUCCCCCGAAAAUACCAGGGUAUGGGAUCCAGUGUGAUCAUGACAAUUGUUGUCUACAGUAUAUCGCUGGGUCUUGGUUUCGCCGGUACCAUUGAACUUCAAAUCAACAAUGGUGGACACACCGAGGCAGACUUACUUUAUGGUUACCGGGGUACGCUCUGGUUUUCUGUCGGAUUAACAGCACUCGGCACUGUCCUCGCCAUAAUCUUUUUACUCAAAGAUAAUCGAAGACGACAGUUGGCCAAGUCUGAAAACGAAAGAGGAGAAGGCUGA